GCCACGUGUUUUCACGUUUCCUUUGUCUGCUGAACGUUACCAGGGAAGUGUGUAACUUUGAGGUUAAAUAACCUAGACACACGUUGCAACAUGUCAAACAAUAAGACAGUGUCGAAUGUCACGAAGCAAAUAUCCGAGAUGGACAUGGAGGAGACAGGAAGGAAGCUGACGCAUAAAGAGAAGAAGAAAUUGAAGAAACAGCAGGAGUAUGAGAAGACGAUGGAAAUGUUAACUAAGACCGGUGGUCAGGGUCACAGCGAGCUCGAGACCAAUUUCACUGUCUCCCAGACACAGAGUCUGCAGCGUGGUAAUCAACAACUGGAGAAUGCGGUUGACAUUAAAGUGGAAAAUUUCAGUAUCGCUGCCAAGGGAAAAGAGUUAUUCACUAACGCGAGUUUGUUGAUCGCACAUGGCAGGCGUUACGGUUUAGUAGGACCGAAUGGUCAUGGAAAAACUACUUUACUUCGUCACAUUGCGAAAAGAGCUUUCGCUAUUCCACCUAACAUCGACGUGUUGUAUUGUGAGCAAGAAGUAAUUGCUGAUGAUACUCCGGCUGUAGAAGUGGUACUUAAUGCCGAUAUAAAGUGUAAAGAGUUAAUGACAGAGUGCAAGAAAUUAGAGGAAUUGGUGGAACAAGGAGAUACUUCGAUUCAAAGCAGAUUACAAGAGGUUUACGAGGAACUAAAAGCUAUUGGUGCCGAUUCUGCUGAACCACGUGCUAGAAGAAUCUUGGCAGGUCUGGGUUUCAGCCGUGCCAUGCAAAAUCGGGCUACAAAAAAUUUCUCUGGAGGCUGGCGUAUGCGAGUUUCCCUUGCUAGAGCUCUAUUUUUAGAGCCCACGUUACUACUACUUGACGAACCAACGAAUCACUUGGAUUUAAAUGCUGUUAUCUGGUUAGAUAAUUAUCUGCAGGCUUGGAAGAAAACUUUGCUAAUUGUUUCUCACGACCAGAGCUUCUUAGACAACGUGUGUACAGAGAUAAUUCAUCUGGAUCAGCAAAAACUGUAUUAUUACAAAGGAAAUUACAGUAUGUUUAAGAAGAUGUACGAACAAAAGAGAAAAGAAAUGAUAAAGGCUUAUGAAAAACAAGAAAAACGACUGAAAGAUUUGAAAGCCUCAGGACAGAGUAAAAAACAAGCUGAGAAGAAACAGAAAGAAGCUUUGACCAGGAAACAAGAGAAGAACAGAACAAAAAUGCAAAAGCAGGAGGACGACAAUGCACCUGCAGAAUUAUUACAGAAACCUAGAGAAUAUAUAGUUAAAUUUAGUUUCCCCGAUCCACCUCCAUUGCAACCACCAAUUCUUGGCCUUCAUAAUGUGAAUUUUGCAUACGAAGGACAGAAACCAUUAUUUAUUGACGUUGAUUUUGGUAUAGACUUAAGUUCCAGGAUAGCUAUAGUAGGUCCGAACGGUGUUGGUAAAUCUACAUUUUUGAAGCUAUUGACCGGUGACUUGCAACCGCUUAAAGGGGAAUUAAUAAGAAAUCAUCGAUUGAGGAUAGGUAAAUUCGAUCAACAUUCCGGCGAACAUCUAACUGCCGAAGAAACGCCAUCAGAGUACUUGAUGCGUUUGUUCGAUCUACCGUACGAGAAAGCUAGGAAACAAUUAGGAACAUUUGGACUCAGUUCUCAUGCGCACACGAUCAAAAUGAAGGAUUUAUCGGGAGGUCAAAAGGCGCGUGUAGCUUUAGCCGAAUUAUGUUUGAACGCACCGGACGUUGUCAUUUUGGAUGAACCGACGAACAAUCUAGAUAUAGAAUCGAUCGAUGCUCUAGCUGAUGCUAUCAACAGCUACAAGGGAGGUGUCAUCAUCGUCUCUCACGACGAGCGUUUGAUUCGUGAUACAGAAUGUUGUUUAUAUGUAAUCGAGAAUCAACAGAUCAACGAAAUCGAUGGAGACUUCGACGAUUACAGGAAAGAACUGUUGGAAAGUUUGGGAGAAGUUAUCAACAAUCCAAGUAUAGCUGCCAAUGCUGCGGUUCUUCAAUGAACAUUUCGUUUGUAGGAGAUUAUAUCAGUUACCCCUUCGGAAAAAUAUUCCAUGUAUCAGACACUUUUUCGUAUAUUAGCUUUUUAUCUACAAUGUUGCUACAUUUUAACGUUGACUUCUAAAUACGAUUGACAGCGUUUUGUUUGUUCCACAUUUAUGUUCAGAGUUCAUUAUGUCUGAUACAACGUCAAAUUGUAAUAAAGAUAUUUAACGUGAACUAUAAUUGUCACAUGUGGAAAAUGGUAAUGAAAUUAAGAGAUAUUUUUAAUUUAAUUUUCCGCUACUGGCAAUUAUAGUUCAUUGAAAUAAUUAGUCAUAUUAAUCAAGUCUUCGAAGAAAUAUUUAUAUAUAUGUAAAUGUGUAUUAACUUCUAAUUAUAAGUUCUACACAACAGAACUAUA